AUGUCUACUGAAAAUCAUGAACAAAAAACAUCUAUCACUAAUAAUGAUAAUAUAAAUCAUGAAGAAAAACAAUAUCUUAAUAUAGUUAAAGAAAUUAUUGAAAAAGGUGUUAAAAAAAGUGAUCGAACAGGUAUUGGUACACUUUCUAUAUUUGGUCCAACAAAUAUGCGAUUUAAUUUACGAAAUGGAUGUUUUCCAUUAUUAACAACAAAACGUGUCUUUUGGCGUGGAGUUAUUGAAGAACUUUUAUGGAUUAUUAGUGGAAAAACAGAUGCAAAUAUACUUAAUGAAAAAAAUGUUAAAAUAUGGAAUGAUAAUGGUACAAGAGAAUUUCUUGAUAAACUUGGUUUUACUCAACGUCAAGAAGGAGAUCUAGGACCAGUCUAUGGUUUUCAAUGGCGUCAUUAUGGUGCAAAAUAUAUCGAUUGUAAAACUGAUUAUACAGGUCAAGGUAUUGAUCAACUUGCUCAACUAAUUCAUAUGAUUAAAACAGAUCCCAAUUCACGUCGUCUUAUUUUAUGUGCAUGGAAUGUAAAUCAAAUACCUGAAAUGGCUUUACCACCAUGUCAUGUAUUGUGUCAAUUUAAUGUAUCACCAUCUAAAGAAUUGUCUUGUCUUAUGUAUCAACGUUCGUGUGAUCUUGGUUUGGGUGUUCCAUUUAAUAUUGCGUCUUAUUCUUUACUUACGUAUAUGAUUGCACAUAUAUGUGAUUUAACACCAGGUGAUUUUAUUUAUACAAUGGGUGAUGCACAUGUCUAUCUUAAUCAUAUUGAACCAUUACGUGAACAAAUUCAACGAGAACCACAACCAUUUCCAACAUUAACAAUUGUUAAUAAACGAAAUUCGAUUGAUGAUUUUCAUAUUAAUGAUUUCAAACUUGAAAAUUAUUUACCAGAUCGUCCUAUUAAAAUGCAAAUGGCUAUAUAA